CCGACUCCGACAGUCAGUCGCGCAUUGUCGUUGCGUGUUAACAGUCGCUCGCUGAAAACUGAACAAUCGCGUCGCGAUCGCGAAAACUUACGUUAUGGCGGGAAAAUAAAUUACACGAUUUUGCAUGAGAAUUUAGUAUCUUGAAAUUGUAUACAAUUAGUAAUUAUGUAUUAAAUAUAUAUAUUAUUGUUAGUUUUGUGAAAUUGGAGCAAUUUGCUUAUAUGAUCAUGAAUGUUUCAACAUUGAAAAAGUGGCACUGGUGUUGGAGUAUGCUGAUAUUAUUAGCACUGGAUAGUUCACAAGGCGAGAAGUAUACCCUGGGAUACUUAACUGGCUCGAAGCGGAGACCUGGCGACUACAGCUAUUCAAGACCUGGACGAGUUAUUUCCGGGGCGAUAUCAAUGGCAGUAGAAGAAGUUAAUGAAAAACUGCUAGGACCAAUGGGGCAUUCUUUAGACUUUGUCGUAGCUGAAACUUACGGUCAAGAAGAAGAAUCUAUAAAACAAGUGGCAGCUUUGUGGGCAGCCAACGUGUCCGCGUUCAUUGGCCCGCAAGAGACAUGUGUCCACGAAGGUCGGAUGGCGGCUGCUUUUAACUUGCCUAUGAUCAGCUACUAUUGCAGAGAUGUGGCCAGUUCAAACAAGAGGGUGUACGCUACGUUCGCGCGGACGCGACCCUCGGACAUCGACAUUUCGCGAUCAGUCCUCGCCGUGCUCACGCAUUUCAAUUUCAAGCAUAUAGCAGUAGUCUACCUCAAAGCACCAAAUCAUGAUUUCUCUCGAUUAGCCCUUGCUAUUAUGUCAGCGGCAACAGAGAGGCAAAUAUCAGUACGCAAAGUACAAGUCUACAGACAGCCUUAUUACAACGAAAAUAGAAGAGAAAACUUCACGCGUAAUCCCUUCUUGGACAUUGUUAGAGAGACUUAUAAAGACACUAGAAUCUAUGUUUCCGUGGGAUAUUAUCACGAUCACAUCGGUCUGAUGCUGGCCUUGGAUGCCAUGCAGCUAUUAGAUUCAGGUGAAUAUGCGGCUAUUGGUGUCGACGUAGAGAAAUAUGAAUCUGAAGAGGCAGUCCGCUACUUAGCUGGACCUCUGCGUAAAACACCAUCUCUCAGGGCCAUCAGAGCCUUUCGCUCGUAUCUAGCAGUGGCCCCGUCUCCGGCACCCUCUUAUCCAGCAUUUGCCAUAGAAGUGAACAGAAGAUUGCAAAUGCCACCAUUUAACUUUACGAAUCCACUACUUGUGUUCGGAGCUGGAAAAGUGAUCCCUGUUGAGGCAGCGUGGCUCCACGAUGCCGUGUGGGUGUAUGCGCGCGCUCUCGCCUCUGUUCUAAGCAUUGGUGAGGAUCCUCGUAACGGGCGAGCUAUUGCGGCUCAAAUGAGGAACACCACUUAUCACAGUGUUAUGGGAUAUUGGGUGCAUAUGGAUGAGUCUGGAGACGCAGAAGGCAACUACACAUUGCUGUCAAUUGACCCAACAAAACCUCCUGGCCUUUAUCCAGUCGCUGUACUGCACAAGUCCGUUCCUGAGGUGAGACUUCUACGAGAACUGAAAUGGCCUGGUGGACAGGUGCCCCUCUCUGAACCACCUUGUGGUUUCCGGGGCGAAAAAUGCGUCAGUCAUGUAGGAGCGUGGGCCCUAGGAGCUUCAGGUGCCACAUUAGCCCUCCUGGCACUGGCAGCAUUGGCGCUGUACCGCGGCUGGCGAUAUGAGCAAGAACUAGACUCGCUUCUAUGGAAAAUAGACUUUCGAGAUCUUCACUUGCCUGAAGAGGAACAACGUACCAACAAACUGAAUAGCAGUGUAAGCGCCAACGUAAACACAUCAAGUAAUGCCGUCGGAACCUCGGAGAAGAGUGCCGCGGGAGGAAGCACGGGAGGAGUACGCUCCAGUCAAGUAUCACUCAGCUCCAACCCGGACCUGGAUUUUAGAUAUUCCGCUAUCUUCACAGAAGUAGCUUUUUAUAGAGGCCGAUUACUCGCCGUGAAACGUGUCCGAAGACACCACAUCGAUAUCAAUAGAGAAAUAAAAAAGGAACUUAAAAUUAUGAGGGAUCUGCAACACGACAAUGUGAACGGCUUUGUGGGCGCGUGCAUUGAGCCACCGAAUGUAUGCGCACUCUCCGAAUACUGCACUAGGGGUAGUCUUAAGGAUAUUCUCGAGAAUGAAGACAUCAAACUCGAUAACAUGUUUCUCGCUUCCCUCGUUGGUGAUAUAAUCAGGGGCAUGAUAUUUAUCCACGAAUCGCCGCUUCAAUACCACGGGGCACUGCGACCGUCCAACUGUCUUGUUGACGCACGAUGGGUCGUCAAACUAGCUGACUUCGGACUUAGAGAAUUCAGAAGAGGAGAACUACCACCUUCUGAACCUAAUAGUUUACGAUCUCAUAUAGAAAAUUUAAUGUACUUAUCACCGGAGCUACUCCGAUCAGCGGGCUGGGGCAAAGAUGUGUAUCCGAUAUCCGAAGAGCACCAAGACGGUUCUCCAGCCUCGGAUGUAUACGCAUUUGCUCUAGUCCUGUACGAGCUGCAUACGAGACGCGGCCCAUUUGGUCCGGACGCUCCGCCUACACCUACGCUACUGAGACGAAUUGCUGUGCCCGACCAUACACCUUACAGGCCACCUCUGGAACCACUGACGGGACGGUUCGAUUGUGUGCGCGAAUGCUGCAGCGAUUGCUGGACCGAGGAUCCCAGUGUCAGGCCUGACUUCAAAGCCAUACGCACCAGGCUUCGACCACUGCGGAAAGGGAUGAAAGCUAAUAUAUUUGAUAACAUGAUAGCUAUGAUGGAAAAAUAUGCGAAUAAUCUAGAAGCACUCGUUGAUGAAAGAACAGACCAGUUACAGGAGGAGAAAAAAAAGACUGAGGCACUGUUAGAAGAAAUGCUGCCAGCGCCAGUGGCGGAUCAACUUAAACGCGGGCGACGAGUAAUGCCCGAAAGUUAUGAUUCCGUCACUAUUUAUUUCAGCGAUAUCGUAGGGUUCACAGCCAUGUCGGCGGAAAGCACCCCGCUUCAGGUUGUGGACUUUUUAAAUGAUCUAUAUACAUGUUUUGAUUCUAUUCUUGAGAAUUUUGAUGUAUAUAAAGUGGAAACUAUUGGUGACGCUUACAUGGUUGUGUCAGGGUUGCCAAUCCGUAACGGAAUCGUGCACGCGGGAGAGGUGGCGUCUAUGGCGCUGGCGUUGCUCGCCGCCACCCGCGCCUUCCGCGUCCGCCACCGGCCCGACCAGCGGCUGUUACUACGAGUCGGCAUACACUCUGGUCCAGUAUGCGCAGGAGUCGUAGGUUUGAAAAUGCCAAGAUAUUGUCUUUUUGGAGACACUGUCAAUACAGCCAGCCGAUUCGAGUCUACUGGAGCACCUUUAAAAAUCCACUGUAGCGCCGCGUGUAAAUCUCUACUCGAUCAACUGGGAGGAUAUAUUCUGGAAGAGCGAGGAAUAGUAUCUAUGAAGGGAAAACGCGAUCAGAUCACGUACUGGUUGCGUGGUGAGGAACCCGCUGCGGCGGCCGCGCGAGCCGCCCGCCGCACACAAAAAGAAGACGUUCAGCCGAUUCCCACCGAAAAACGCGGCCAACGUAGCUCACUUAAAAGUAAAAAUUGGAAGAAUCAUGUUGGAGGAUUGCACAGAUGCUGCAGUUUAGAAUCUCCGAAAAAGUUGAGGUUCGCAUCAGGAAAUCACCUAGAAUCACACACAGACAGUGUUCUACACCAUAGGAGCGACGAAUAUCUUAUGGAGGUAGUGGGCGAGGGUCGACUAGCGCCGGCGCAGCGCGGCGAUUUGUUAGAAGCUCCCAGCCUCCGACACGAGUACACGAGCGUGUCGUGUCCCAUCAUUGAGCAGGCAGAGAGCUGCGUGUCGCGGUCGCCGCCGCCGCGGUACCCGUCGCCCGCCGGCGGACACCGCCUUGUCGACUCCGCAGACCUCCCUGAGCCCGACGUCAAGCUCGUCAUCAACGGCUGCACUUACAAUGAAAGCGAUGGAGCGGGCAUACCGCUCCUCGCUGACACGUGAACGAGCUCGCGUGUCGUAGUAUUCAGUAGCGAUUCACACUAGUCAAUGGUUUAGUAGAUCUGUAAAUUAUAUAUGUUCAACGUAGUUGCGCUCUCUAUUCGACACUGCCACGAUAAUUAUAGUGAGCAAGGCCGUUUUCUGAAGAAAUCUGUAGUGUCUGAACAUACGAAGACUCGGUUUGAGCGGAUUAGAUCUGAUCGUCUCGACUUCGUUUGGUCCGGACUUAGCAUUAAUGUGAUCUAUGUCAGUAUUAUUAAGAAACCUAUAUUCAAUAGAAAUUAUUUAAUAACAUUAAACUCUUAUUUCACAAUUCA